AUGUUGAAGAAUAUCGCCGAGGAAAUCGCAGGGACAGAGCUUGGUGUCAACUGGGUGAGCCGCUUCCGCAAGCGACACCAUGACCGUCUUUCGAGCUUGUAUUUGCGCACCAUAGAUCAUCAGCGGAAGGCUGUUGAUAAUUCCAGGCAUUUCCAAAACUUCUUCAAUUUACUCCGCGAAAAGAUCGAAAAGUACAACAUCAGUCCCUCAAAUGUUUAUAAUUUUGACGAGAAGGGAUUCCAAAUUGGUCUCUCUCGCUCCGCCAAGCGAGUUGCCCCCCGAGAAACCCUCAGGCGCGGAAAACUGGUCGGGGCAAGCCAAGACGGGAACCGGGAGUUCAUCACGCUGAUCGCUGCCAUAUGUGCAGAUUAUUCGUUCCUGCCACCGGCCCUCAUUUACAAAGGGGAGUCAAAAGACUUCCAAGAUACUUGGCUUGAGGAUUUUGACCAUUCCAGCGAAGUAGCCUUCUUCGGCAGUACGGAAAACGGCUGGAGUUGUGACGCACUGGGUUUACACUGGCUUCAGCGCAUAUUUGACUGCCAUACGAAGCAAAGGCUGGUCGUGCCUACCGUCUCUUAA